UCCGCAUCGUCACUUCCGCUCACUGCCUGACCAACAUGGCGCUACUUCUAAGGACUUUGGGCCGACAGGGUGUCUGUCUCUCUAAACCUCACUACCAUGUCCUGUAUAGACAUGCUGCUCCAAUGGGAACCACAGCUAAAGAGGAGAUGAACAAGUUUUGGGCCAAAAACUCCAGAUUAAACAGACCCAUGUCUCCACACAUCACAAUUUACAAAUGGUCCAUUCCCAUGAUGAUGUCCAUCACACACAGAGGAACCGGAGUGGGACUCAGUGGAGGUAAAGCUUGUUUCCUCUAAGUGGUGCUUGGUUUUUACCA